GCCCGGAUACACUUAAUAAAUGACAGAAAACAAAUACAAAUGAAUUAACUAAAAAUGAAAUGAAUAAAUAGCACGUUAACAAACAGUAACCUCCUGGUCUAAAACUGGUUUCUGUGGGACACGCAUCUGCUUUGUGUUGAUUUUGGCUAUCUUAACGCAAGCACUUCCUGGAUUUGGACUGUCCCACCGCGCAUGGGACGCCGCUCAAAACCACCCAUCCAUCCUACCGCCUCGUGGGUCAGUUAUAUACCUCCUAUCUCACGUUACACGCACGAUCCCGUUGUCGUGGACAGGCGCGCGGAGCGUCGCGGCUCGAGCUCAUUCUAACAGGUGGCGAGCGACUCCAGGUGCAGCAGCAGUUCAUCACUGAGCGACGAACGCUCCUCGUUAUGAGACAUUCUUGGGCUCCUAGGAGUAUUAACACUGCCUAAUCAUUGUAUUUAGGGUAUUUAGUCGUGGGACAGAUUGGUUUAAUUAGCCUCCAUCUUACAGGUGGGCGAAAACCGUUUGUAGGACGGCCCCUCUUUCAGUUCCCCAACAGGAGACGCGGGACUGUCAUUUGUUUGCCAUCCUGUGGGACAGAAGAAACGGCUCCGUUAACAGGUGCGAGGAUAGACGAAUACACACACCGGGUUUCAGUCGCGUGUUUGUGCAGAACGCGAAUAUUUCAAUUUGCGUGCGCGGUAAAUUAGGAACUGUGUCUAGAAAUCUAGCGUAUCUUCAAAGCCUCUUUCGUGCCGGAGGAGGACCGACAAAGCCAUGUCAACCAAAAAACGGGUGGAUCUAACGAGAAGGAGCCGAAGCCCCGCGGUGUCCGAGGCGGAGAUGUUGGGUGAUUUUCAGGAGUGGUGCCUCCGCACUUAUGGGGACUCCGGUAAAACAAAGACCGUCACCCGGCGAAAAUACAACAAAAUUCUGCAGACCCUCUUACACAGCGACGACUCGGAAGGCGUCUAUAUCGAGAACAACCACAUCAACGCCAAAUUUAAGUUCUGGGUCAAAUCCAAAGGUUUCCAGGUGGGCAACACUGACGGCAAGCCGAACGAGAACGGGGCAGCUGACAGACCGGUCCUGUACGUCCCCAUCAAGGCAACGUGUGUGGACGGGGGCUCUGGGCCGGAGAACUCCUUUCUCAAGAGGGUCGCUGUGGUGGAGGACUUCUAUGACAUCAUCUAUGCCAUGCACGUGGAGAUCAGCUCCGACCCGGCCAAAGCACCCAAACACGCCGGACAGAAGAAAACGUAUAAAGCGAUAGCGGAGACAUAUGCGUUCCUGCCCAGAGAGGCGGUGACCCGUUUCCUGAUGAGCUGUGGAGAAUGUCAGAAGAGGAUGCACAUCAGCCCCAGCGGAGCAGAGUUCAAAGAAAACAACCAACCAACUUCUCUGGCGGCCGAGCUCAUAGACUUCAACAUGCCCCUCACAACAACAUACUUGAAACAGAAGAAACUACAGUGCAUGAACAACAACGAGCAGGAUGACUGUUCAGUGAGUAGUGAGGAGUUUGAUAUGAGUGACCCCACAUGGAUAUCAGCUGAACGUCACACCGCACUGCCUGACCUGAAGCACCCCUCCAGAGCAGAUAGGAUGCACAGCCCGCAAAACACUCACAAGGAAGAGGACGAUGAUUCAUCUUCUGAAAGUGGGAGUGGCAAUGGGAUUCGCACUCUGACUCCUCCCUCGGUAGGUGUGGCCGGAGUGAAUGACAGCACGGGGACAGGACCCAGAUCGGGCUCGUACGCUGAGGUUAACGGCAACGGAAACGGUACCGCGGCGCCACUCGACUUCAGCACAACUUCCUCAUCCUCAUCUUUAGAGGACCAGCAACCAGUCAACCUCAGCGACAGACUGAGUCAGGCCCUGCCCAGUGCUGCCACCAUGCUGGCGACCUUUAACCCUGAGCACGCAGAGGAGCUGCGCAGAAAAUACCCCAAAUCCUCAGAGCUACGCCUUGACCGAGAUAUCAGGGACUAUAACAACAAGUCUCCUCAAUACAGUUCAGGCAGCUAUGAUUCAAUAAAGAUGGAGAUAUGCCCUGAAGAUCUAACUGUUGGUCGGCCUCAGGCGGCUGAUGAUGAUGAUGAUGACCACGACGACCACGACGAUAGUGAUAAGAUCAAUGAUGUAGAAGGAGUGGAUCCAGAGAGGUUGAAGGCUUUUAACAUGUUUGUGCGUCUCUUUGUGGAUGAGAACCUUGACCGUAUGGUGCCGAUCUCUAAACAGCCUAAAGAGAAGAUCCAGGCCAUUAUUGAGUCCUGCAGCCGUCAGUUCCCAGAGUUCCAGGAACGCGCUCGCAAACGCAUUCGUACCUACCUCAAAUCCUGCCGUCGUAUGAAGAAGAACGGCAUGGAGCAGACCCGACCCACGCCGCCCCACCUGACCUCAGCCCUGGCUGAGAACAUUCUAGCAGCCGCCUGUGAGAGUGAAUCACGCAAAGCUGCCAAAAGAAUGCGCAUGGAUGUCUACCAGGCACACGAUGAGCCGUUAUCGCUGGAUAAGGCGGUCUCUCGUGAGCCGGUCUCGCUGACCCACUCUGCGUACUCCCUUGCUGCCUCAGCCUACUCACAGGACCAGCUAUACAUCAAUGGAGGCCUCAACUACAGUUACCGUGGUUUUGGUGGACUGUGUGCCAGCAUGCAACACCCCACGUCCCUGACAACAGCUACCGCCCAGACCAACGGGCCUACUGAUCUCAGUAUGAAGUCUCUGGCCUCAAAUUCGUCCCCGUCAAGCUCCAGUAGCCUCGGCAGGAACGGAGGAGGAGGCGGGGCUUCAGCUCAGCUCAGCCAUACAGAAGUGGCGGCAGUGCGUCAGCUGAUCGCAGGAUACCGUGAGUCCGCGGCCUUCCUGCUACGAUCGGCAGAUGAGCUGGAGAACCUCAUACUACAACAGAACUGACCCGAUUCUCAACACUCUGUCUAAACACAUGCCCUCGUCCCUCACAUGAUCCUAACAAGAGGUUUUCCAAUCAUUGAGGAAAACCAUCUGGCUCUUAAAGAUGUUAGAAAAGAGAGAAAACACACAGCUUCAUCAAGCUUUUGCUUUCAUGUCAUUUCAACGAGAGCGGCCUAGAGAUGGAGAUGAAUGAAUCUCUGAAGGACACUGCGGUGCAGAAGCGCACGGUUCGAUGCGUCCUCCACACACUGCUCCCGCAUUUCAUGCCUUCUCCAAGGCCUCCCUCUGUUUAACCGCCAUACGUUCCCCGCUGAGAGCCAUCGAUUUUUGAUUUUCCUCGCUUUUAGCUACUUCAAGGGAGGAAUUACGGCACGCCAAUCCUCCAGACGAAUGAAGACACUUUUGAUUUGGAGGCGUAAUGGAAAGAAAGAAGAUAAAAAAAGCGAGAAGAAACUAAUAGACCUUUGUAUUUGCUGUAAAUAAGCACUCGCAGUGUCCUGAAGCACUUUUCCAUUCGCUCUGACCUCUGAAUCAUUAAUUUAUGCAUAUAGAUACACAGGUGGAAGCUCACCUGGAAAUACCUCAGCCUGUCCGUCCCGCUCUCUCUCUAUCUCUCUCUCUCUCCCAGUGUUCCCCUCUCUGUGUGUGGGAGAAGAAAAUGAACACCUGUCCGUCCUCGACUUCACAGUCCACUGAUUUAGACAUCGAAAGCAGAGAGUGGGAGUGAAUUAGUGUCUGUGAUUGAACUGUGGGUUUUCUUUUCCACCUCCUCCAAAUGUGUUGUACUGUAUAUAUUUCGAUGCAUUUCAAGGUAUUGAUGGCAAAAAUACACUGGACUUGUUUUGGGAACGGACCUUUCCUGAUGCAUUUAACAGACGCCAACUCUUUGUUUCCUCUGUACGGGUCACCCUCUGUUCUCCUCUUCUCUUUGUGUCCUUCCAUGUCUCCUGUACGUCCUCUCUCCUCCUCCACCUUAUUAUUCUGCUUUAGAGGGAGACGGAGAAUGGAAGCUUGUUAGUCUUUUAUCUGUUGACUUUUCUUAAUGGCCAUUAAUCCACUCUGCUGCUAUGGACUCCAACGUAACGCCACAAACCUGAAACCUCAUGCCUCGCAAACACAACCAGAGCACCUCAAGGCAAAAAAAAAAAAAAGGCAAAAAAAAGUCAGACAUGGAAUAUCCAAAAGAAAGAUUAAAAAAAAAAGAAAAACUGCCGUUUUGCAUUCUGGCCGAGAGCGUUUGAUUUAAUACUGAGGGCUGCUUGUGUUUGCUUUUGUUUGAUUUGUUGUAAAAGCGCGGUGUGUGCCUAAAUCUCAAGAUCAACUGGGAUCAAAUCAUCUUUGGCAUACGAGCUUGGUGCACAGACAUACACGAACACACGCACGACACGGACGGAGACACUGAAGGGUCUUUAGUGAACUGACUAUUUAACAGGAGAGGUUUAAAAAUGUGUAGAUUUGUUUAGGGACGGACUGACAGUCAUGUCACUGUAAUUUUGCUCCAUUUGCACACAGAGGCAGCGCUAAUCUGUGAUUGAGGAGCUCGGCGCCGGCUCCGUGUUGCACUGCUAGUGGGGGACGGAGAAAGAAUAUCGCAAUGCAGAAGAUAAUCAAAUGCAUUUCUGGCCCUAAAGGAGACAGACUAAUACAGAGAGGCUACCAUGACAUGACAUUCAUCAUCACAUGACCGGGACCUACUUACGAUCGACAGCCAUGAUGAUGUGUGCCCUUGUGCAAUUUUGACACCCCCCCAAAAAAAAAACACAACAGUGGACAUGUAGAAGUAAUGAUUUCUUGAUGUGUUCUAUUUAUGGUAGGCCUUCACAGUCCAGCCUCCCACUUCAAUAUUGAGUUGUUGAUUAGAAUUUCUAUAGACAUGUAGACAUGAUAUGCAAAAUUUACAGAGUGAGGCCUCUCCUCUGUGUAACAUUGAUCACAAAAGGGUCCUUGACCUCUCUCAUCUCGAACUGUCUUCACUAUUUCUUUAUUUCAGGAGAGGACUUAAAGUAAUAAGGAAGUAGAUAGGGAGAUAUAUAAUUGUUUAAUAAUAUUUAAACUUUCAAAUUGCUUAAAUAUUUGUACAUAUUUAAAAGUCUUACUUUCCUAAGUUUAACACCAAAAUAAAUCAAAUAAGAAACCCUAAUGCAUGGUUAAAUUAACUCUUUAGGUUCAUUACAAAUUCAGUCAUUUAAAACGGUAAUGAUGUACUGUUUACAGUAAAAAAAAAUACUGUAAUGCAUAUUUAUUACAGUAUGAAUAACACAUAAAUGUAAUGCAUUUAUUUUAAAUAUUUUUUAAAUCAAUUGACAAAUUACAAGUACAAACCACUGAGAUGUUUAAACACUUAUUUUCUUUUUAUUUGCGUUACGCUAAUUAAAAUUGGGGAUAAAUGUUCUUAAGUCGUUUAACAAAAAAUAAUUAGAAAAAAAAUGCAAAAAAAAAAUGUAAUUGUCCAAACAGUAUUUUUCUCAAAAUACAAUUUCUGAUUUUUGCAGUGAAAUUUGACCUAGACAGGCUAAUCUGGCUAAUUUGACCUGCACGUUCAUCGGUUUGAUUAGAAAAGCAAGUCCUCUCUCCUCAUUUUCUAUGCUGUUGCCAUUUCUGUUCAUCUCUCUCUGUGUCACCUGCUUUUCUUUUCCACGUAGUGCACAGUAGACAGAUGUUGAGAGGUCAGGUAAUAGAGUCUCGGUCAUCUGUCUUUCUCUCGCUGAGGUCUGAUAUGGGUCCCACUGCCGUCGAACGCUGCUGAUUAUACGCCAACCUCACAUGCUACCGAGCUCUUCUAUGGGUUUCUAAAACCAUACAACGGAGAUGCAAACAGCAUCUGUGUGGAAAGAAGCCGAAAAAAGCGAAGCGUUCAUCUGUUUCUUCUCUCCAGUUUGCUCAAGGACAGCUACUGAAAAACAAACUGUAAAACAAGGCAAACGACAAUCUUGACAAAGGUGUAACUAGUUCACAGUUUUGUUUCCAUGCUCUGUGUUCCGUGUGUGUCCCGGGAGAGUGAGGGGUAUUUUAGCCAUAAUCAGAGCCCCUCUCACUCUCAGAUCCGAGUUCUCACGCUAGCCGCCGAGGACGCCUUGUGGCCCACUGUCCAAAACCUUUUUAUCUGAUUCCUAUUUUUAUUAUAAUUAUCUCGAUUACUAUUAUUUUGUAAUUCUUUUUGUACAGCAAGUGGUCUUUUCAGAACCGUUUUGUACCGACAUCACAUGUGAAGUUUGUCCUGUAUGCCUAUAACAUUCCAAACGAGGAUGUCAACAUGCCAAGCAGCCAGCCAAACCACGGUCACAUCGGAUUGCAGAUACACACACCGAGGGCGAAAUCAGUCCCACGCCGCACAGGCUUUAAAGUGUUAAUUACGUCGAGAGCCUGAUGCCUGAUUUCCCUUAGGCCACAAACCCCAAAUAACUGUUAUCUCUGUACUGUAUGACUGAGUUGUUUGGGAAACUAUGUUUUCUGAUUAGUUUUGCGCCGUGCCUUUAAAGGGGCUUAACCGAACUGAUUGUCAUAUAUAUACACGUAUGUCCCUUUAUUGUAUUAGAAACCCCUUCAGCUCUCAUAUCUGCUCUGAUUUGGUACCUCAAUGCCCCUUCGAGGGGUCUUUUUGUUUUGUUGUUGUUCAAUCAGCACCGCGAUCUACUGUGAUAUGAACUAAACAGGCCACCUGUCAUUAAGACAUCACACACAAAGACACGGACGGAUGGACAUAUACGGGUUCAGGCUUUGCAUUCAGGUGUGACGCUGGUUAUGGUUGCUGCUGAACUACACAACUUAAGAAAAAUGCUCUGGUUUGAUCAGAUGUAUAGCUCUGAAAAAAAAAAAGAAGAAAGAAAUGAAAGACAUGAAAAAAACAACUUGACUUUUAUUUUUCUACCACAGUGGUGUACAGCUGCAUUCAAGUUCAUGUGGUUCCCCCGUUUUAGUCUGUCCUCUUUUCUAAUUUGUCAGUGCUUUGGAUCUUAACCAUCCCGUCUCGGUUUCCUCCUGGUCUCUCCUGUAUAAGGAGCUGCUGACGUCGGCUCUGGUUUUGAUAUGUACCGAAUACCAAUGUGAAACUGUCUCUUUCCUUCUCAUUUUGGACUCAGUGGAAGUGUGAUGUUUACAUGUACAGAUUUUUGAGAUUCUCUUUCUUUUUUUGUUGUUGUUCUCAUUUUUGUUGUUGUUUUUAAUUCAAAUGCUUUCCCUUCUUCUGUUCGGGCACUGCUUAAUUUGAUCUGAUUCCUUUAUAGUGAAGGGAAAUGGGACUUGCAGCGAUUUUCCAUGCAUUUACAGUAAGACAAGACAGUGUUUUUGUCUGGGAGACCCCCAUUUCUGACCCCAAUCACUUUCUGUAACUGCUGUCAACAGAUACACAAAAUGAAGAAGGCUUGUUGUAAAUGAAUCUUUUCCUCUGACCAUUAGAGACAACAUGGCUUUCUGUUCCUUAAUGAUUAAAAGCCAUUAUCACACCCUUGGUUGUGUGCAGACAUCAAGUAUUCGAGUACAAGAACAGCAGAGUGAAAACCUCAGGUAAAUGAUUGCUGUUUUAUAUUUGAAAAAGAAGUCCUAUCGGCAACCCAUUUCCCACUUUAAUACCAUAAUAUAUACAAAAUGAAUCUUUUUUUUAAUAUUUAUUGUGUUAAAUAUAUAUAACAGUGAAUACUUUUUCAGUACAUGUGGCUAAAUAUUUUAAUUCUUUAGAAAAGUGUUGAUGCAUACAUAUGUGAAGAAACUGAAAGAUUGAAUGAAAAUGAAAAAAAAAAACAUUUUUUGUUGUUUAAUGCAAACAGCAUGGG